UCUCAGACGCUCUUCCGUUUACGUGUCUAAUAAAGAAAAACAAUUGGACGGUAGAUACACGGAUUAUCUUGACAAGAUGUCUGUUAAUAUAAUUAUUUACAGUCAUUACAGAAAAAUGAGAUUUAACAUCUCAUCAUAUGACGAGUCAUAGGAGCCGCCCUCUUAUUGGCUGAACGUGUCCCAUGCGUGUUGUGGUAAACAAAAUCCGAGAUGCGUGAACAUGCGUAAAAGUGGUAAUGGAGGAUAGUGGUCUAUUCACAGGGGGUUUAGUUAGCAAGCUCUCUUCAUUCUCCUAUGUUCAGAACUGCCGGUUUUAUUCAUUACGAGUUGUUUACAACAAAAGGGAACUCGUCUGAAUCAACCCAGAGCAGGCUGAGCUGCCGUUCAGUUUUGGGAUGGCGUCGGACGGGGUUUCCCAAAACCAUAGUUCCAAAGGGAUCAUGACUUUUUACCCCACUGCUGAGGAAUUUAAGAACUUCAGCCGCUAUGUUGCAUAUGUGGAGUCCCAGGGAGCACAUAAAGCAGGCCUGGCCAGAAUUGUCCCACCAAAGGAAUGGAAGCCCAGAGGCUCUUAUGAUGACAUAGACGAUUUGGUGAUCCCUGCACCCAUUCAGCAGGUGGUGACAGGCCAGUCGGGCCUUUUCACACAAUACAACAUUCAGAAGAAGUCCAUGACUGUCGGAGAGUUCCGCAAGAUUGCCAACAGUGACAAGUUCUGUAGUCCACAUUAUGAUGACUUUGAGGAGCUGGAAAGGAAGUACUGGAAGAAUGUGACGUUUAACCCUCCCAUAUACGGGGCAGAUGUUAAUGGAUCUCUAUACGGCCGUGACGUCAAAGAGUGGAACAUUUGCCACCUGGACACCAUCUUGGAUACUGUUGAACAUGAAAGCGGCAUCACCAUUGAGGGUGUUAACACACCCUACUUGUAUUUUGGCAUGUGGAAGACCACUUUUGCAUGGCACACUGAGGACAUGGACCUCUACAGUAUCAACUACUUGCACUUCGGAGAGCCCAAAUCAUGGUACUGUGUUCCUCCAGAGCAUGGGAAGAGAUUGGAGCGUUUGGCUAAAGGUUUCUUUCCUGGUAGUUCCCAAAAUUGUGAGGCCUUUUUGAGGCACAAGAUGACUCUCCUCUCUCCCUCUAUUCUGAAGAAGUAUGGCAUUCCUUUUGAAAAGAUUACUCAGAGGGCUGGUGAGUUCAUGAUAACAUUUCCCUAUGCCUAUCACGCUGGCUUCAACCACGGCUUCAACUGUGCAGAAUCCACUAACUUUGCAACAGAGAGAUGGAUCGAGUAUGGCAAGCAAGCAGUUUUGUGCUCGUGCCGCAAAGACAUGGUGAAGAUUUCCAUGGAUGUAUUUGUAAAGAAAUACCAGCCGGAACGCUAUGAACAGUGGCUGGCAGGAAGAGAUGUGGCCCCCAUCGACCACACACGGCCCACCCCAGAGGCCAAGGAGUUCCUAGGGGACCUUACUGACAUCACCUGCAACAGUAACUCCAUGGAGAGCUGUGGGGAGGAUGGAGAGCGGAAGAGCGCUACACACAGGAUAGAGACAAAGAGACACAGAGUUUGUCUGGAGGUGCCUAAGGAGGUUGUUCCUAAGGAUGAAGAUGAGGAAGAUGUGGAGCAGUAUGGGAAGCGUCCCAGACUAAGCCUUAUACCGCCACGUACUAUGUCACAAGAUGGCAAGAAAAUUAAAGGCCCACCCAAGCUGGUUGUCACACCAACCAAGCUCACAUUAUUGGAUCCAUUUCACAGAAGUGACGUCGUGCGUGCCCCACACUAUUCGAAGACUCGUGCUCCUGCUAUCUCGUCUCAGUCCCAGCCCAGAAACGGACAUCUGUCAGUUUCAGCUUCACCUUCGUGGACAGAUGCCACCGCUCAGCCUUCACGCAAAAUGGGAGUAGCCAGCCUGCUCUUCCACAGGACUCUGGAUCCUAAAGACACUCUCCAAGUAAAGAGCUACACUCUGGUGAAGCAGCAGCAGCAGCAGCCUCACACGCAGCUGCAGGUGCACAGUUACGCCCGAGUGCAUCAGUCCUGUCAUCUCCAGCACAAAACCUGUACACCAUCAGUCGCUCAGGGCCAGCCCUCGCCUCAGGCACCGGGCUGCGAAAGAAUAGAGCCACAGCCAGAAUCCAAGAUGAUUCUUACCAAAGCAGCAGUGAAUGAAUCCGAAGCACUGGGUCUUGUGGAGCUGAACCAGAAGGAAGAAAAACCUGAGGUAUCAAUCACUGCUGAGCCUCUGGCCGAACUGAAGCCCACUAUCAAGACUUUUUCCUCUCUGCCUCUAACACAACUUAAAGAGUUGAGCAAAAAAGAGAUAGAGGCCCCAAAGAACAAGCGAAAGAGUAAGCAAUCCCCCCUUGAAGAUAUUGGCAUUAUCAUCCUGAAUGACACCAUUCCUGUCAGCAAACCAGUCCAAGCUGAGGUGAAGGUGAUCCCUCGGAUUCAGCAUCAGGUGUCAGAAGAGCAGUCGUACUGCAAGUCAGUUGUGAAGAAGCUGCUGCAGCAGCAGGCGCAGCUCUGUAAACUGCCCCGUAAUCACCCUCUGUUCAAGGAGGAGCACAGUGACAACGAUGAUUAUAUAAAUGAGGAAUUUCAGCAGGAGGAGACCGAGGAGUGGGCGAAGCCGCUCACCCAGCUGUGGCAGUGUCGGCCGCACAAUCCUCAGGCAGAGAGAGAGUUCAACAAGAGCAUGGGCAAGAAGGCGCCCUACUGCUCCAUCUGCCUGCUCUUCCACACCUACCAUCAGUCUGAGUCCAGCAGUGGGGGUUCCAGCGGGGCGUUGGUGAAUCGUCCAGGCAGCCGCCAGUUUUCCAAGCCACUCAUCCCUGAAAUGUGCUUCAACACACAAUCUAGCAAGACGAAUGAUAACGGGGAGGGCCAGCUGUCCAACCCUCAUAUAGCCGAGGACGGGACCAGCCGGCUGGUCACCUGUGCUCAGUGCUGCGUCCGCGUACAUACCAGUUGCUAUGGCGUGUCGGGGGAUGGAGCAGAGCUAGACGACUGGCUGUGUGCCCGCUGUGAUGCAGGAGCCACCACUGAGGACUGCUGCCUUUGUUCCCUGAGAGGCGGCGCUCUGCAGAGAGCCAACGGUGGCAAGUGGGUUCAUGUGCUGUGUGCCAUCACUGUGCUGGAAGCUCAGUUUGUCAAUGUCACUGAGCGAGGACCCAUCGACCUCUCCACUAUCCCGAUGACACGCUUCAAACUGAAAUGUGCAUAUUGCAGGAAGCGGAUGAAGAGGGAGGUGACGGGCUGCUGCGUGCAGUGCUCCCACGGGCGCUGCUCCACGGCGUUCCACCCCACCUGCGCUCAGGCCGCCGGCAACCUCAUGCACCCGGAGGACUGGCCCUUCACCGUCUUCAUCACCUGUCAAAGACACAAAACGCCUGCCAUACCCGAGCGCAACAUGGCGUCCAUGCGGGAGCUGGCCGUCGGGCAGAGGGUGAUCUGCAAAUACAGAAACACCCGGUACUACCACAGCGAGGUGGUGGAGCUGACCACAGCCACCUUCUACGAGGUGGUGUUCGACGACGGCUCCUACAGCGACAACCUCUUCCCAGAGGACAUUGCGGACCGUGACUGCGCGCGCCACGGCCCCCCCACCAAAGGUGAAGCAGUUCAGGUGCGAUGGACAGACGGGUUGAUAUAUGGAGCCAAGUUCAUGGCGUCGCACUCCAUCCCCAUGUACCUGGUGGAGUUUGAGGAUGCCUCUCAAAUCUCUGUGAAGCGAGAAGACAUCUAUACUUUAGAAGAGAAUCUGCCCAAACGAGUGAAGUCCCGACUGUCGGUGGCGUCAGACAUGCGCUUCGAGCUCUUUUCUCAGAGCAACGUCAAGCAGAACACCAAAAGGCAACGAGUCACCAACUCGCGGUAUAGAGAGGACUACAUCGAGCCCGUCAUUUACCGAGCCAUCAUGGAGUGAUCCUCCUCCUCCUCCUCCUCCUCCUCCUCCUCCUCCUCCUCCUCCUCCUCCUCCUCCUCCUCCUCCUCCUCCUCCUCCUCCUCCUCCUCCUCCUCCUCCUCCUCAACUCCCCACAGAGAUGCAGCUCCAGGUUUCUGGCUACUGCUCAUAGGAAACGCCCCCCCUCCUCUUCCUCCCGCUUCUGCUUCUUCCGUGGCUUGUCAGGCUACAUAUUUAUGAACUACGGCUGGGACUUUAAAAGACUGCUUCAAAUCACACAUCCCACGUGAAUCACCAAUUUCAUUGUUUUUUCCCUUUUUCUCAGGAAGAAGCCAUCAAUCGGUUGUUAAAUAUAGGAACGUUUGAAUCAGGGGCUAGAUAUAGUGUUUCCUCUACCACCCCAUUUAGGACAGUUUUCUACUUGUGACAAUUCUUCUACAAGGAUCACUUCGCUCUUGAUUUACAGCCCAGGUUGUUAUCAUAAUAUUUAUCAUCAUUUGUGUUGAGGUUUAAAAGGAUUAUUCAGUUUUCUACUCAUGAGGUUUAUCAAAGCCAAUCACCGGUUGACUAGGGAAAAAAACAAAUGACUUCAUCAAGAACUGUUUUAGUUGCACCCCAAAGAAAUGACAUAUCUCACGGUCAUCUUUUGACACGUCUCCAGAUUGUUGAAGUGAUGCCAUGCAUGGAGUGAUAAUUUAUUAUGCUCAUAGGUGUGUCAAUGUGCGUCUACUGUGAAAAUAGAAAAGAAAACUAGACAUGUUUGGACGGCCCAAGCCUUAGAUUUCCAAGGGUCAGGCAUACUUUGUUUUUUCAAAAAGCUUAAGGUUUAUUAAAACUAUUGUAAUUAAUGUUAUUAUUACACUUUAUUUAUGCAUUAAAUUUGAAAACAAAGCUAUUUUUGUCAUGUCCUUUUCAAGAUCUGUAGAAAACUUAAGAUGUAUUUAUAUUUAUUAUAUUGAUGGGUUUUCAGACAGCCUGAUUACACGUUGAGAUCGCCCUCCUGUUCUGGGAUCAGAGGGUGAGAACGCCAAUCUGGCUGAAGUCCCUCUCCAAGCGAAAAGCACUUAGUUGUACCUCCUGCCUGCCACAGGAGAUGUACCAUUUGAUCCACACAUGGCCUCCACCUAAAUUAGAUUUGUUUGUCCUUCUGAUAAAGGUUAGCUCAAUGUUCUAGGUUCAUCCCAAAUAAAUGAAAAGAUUAAAGGAUCCCAUUCAAGUUU